GGCCUUUGUGCUGUGUGGCAGUGGCACUGGUAGCACUGGUGCUACUACUAGGAGACACUAGUAGCUCCACGUUUGCCUGCGCCUUUUGAUGCCACAUUUGGUUUCCGGUUUAUUUUAGGGGUUGGUGGUCAUCUCAAGAGAGGACCCCCGAACUGAGGCUGUACUUUCUUGGCACCAAUGGGCCGCUCCUCCUCCUAGUCCUAGGACAAAGAUCACGGAGAUAGGGAGCAUAGUUAUUACGCCCAUCCAUUCAAUGGUGCUCGAGUCGGAAAACUAGGACUUUUUUCAAAUCCGGCUCCAGCCCCCCCUGCCAUUUUUGGUCCUUGAAGCUUCAGUUCAGCAAGUGGCUCUGAAGAGAGUGGGCAAGAGUAUUGGCAUUGGAUUCUUGAAGGAUACCUCAGUAUACCAGGACAUGAGGAGCUCCAGAUCAUGCCGCGCUUUCCAGCAGAAGCACCGAGCUUUGUUGUGAUUUGGUAGCCAUGGAGAUGGAGGAGCAGAAGGAAGCCCCGGGCUUCCUUGAGGUGCCCAAGGACAUCCCCGUCGCCACCAAGCCCCUCACCAUCAGGACCAAUGCCGGGUUCAGCAGCAGCUCCGACCGCUCCAACCCCAUCUCGCCGGCCAUCUCCUUCACCCCGCACCUCUACUCGCCGUCGCCGCCGUCCUCCGCCUUCGUGUCGGCGCUGCAGUCCCCGUACAUCUCGCCCCGGGUCCUCGACCCGCCGGAGCCGCCGGCGCAGCAGCCGCACCGGCAGCUGCAUCAGGAAAGCAAGGCCUCCAGCGUCACCACCACCACGGCGCAGUCGCCGGCGUCCUGCUCCAACGGGUCCCAGUCCGAGGACACUGACGCGCCGAGCGCGUCCCGCACCCCGCCCUCGGAGCGGUACGACUCCAGCGGCAUCGACCCGGCCAAGAUUUCAGAGGGCGGCGGCGGCGGCUGUGGCGGCGCGCCGCCGCGCGUGUCCUUCUCGUUCCCCGUGCCGCGGGUGUCCUUCACCAGGGGCCCCGUGGCGUCGCCGUCGUCCAACGCCAAGCUCCGGAGCUGUGACGUGUACAUUGGCCACCACAACAACGGCAACCUCGGCAGGUUCUGCAAGUGGCUCAAGGCGGAGCUGGAGCUGCAGGGCAUCGCCUCCUUCGUGGCUGACCGGGCAAAGUACUCCGACACGCAGAUUCACGAGAUUGCCGACCGGAUUAUCUGCUCCGUGGCGUUUGGCGUCGUGGUGGUCACCAUGUCAAGCUUCCUCAACCCCUUCAGCCUCGAGGAGAUCAGAUUCUUUGCUCAGAAGAAGAACCUCAUCCCUAUACUGUUCGACACCGAACCCUCGGAGAUUGCCGGGCUGUUUGAUGGCAAAUUGGAGGACAAGGAAGGGAAGGAAGCAUUCGAAGGGCUGAUGCGGUGCCACGAGUUCAAGCUCGAGGCGAAUGAGACCAAUUGGAGAAGCUGCGUGUCAAAGACAGUCAGUCUGCUGCAGUCUAAGCUUGGCAGGAAGAACAUUGCUGAGAAGGAGAGUGAGGGGUCCGGAGGCAUACCGUUCCCGCGGAACCGGCAUUUCGUCGGAAGGGAGAAAGAGCUGAGUGAAAUCGAGGGGAUAUUCUUUGGAUCCUCGGUAGAUAUCCAAGAAGUGUUGGACUGCUCAAGGGGUUCCACCACAAAUGAAAGAUCCAGCGGCGUGUCCGAUGGCUUUGCCGACGAGGAGAGCGACACGGUGAGGACAUCCAAUGCCAAGUACAUCAGUUUGGAAAUGCGCAAAUGCAAGGAGCCGACAUUGGAGGCCUGGAUCGAUCCGGUGAUCGAGCUGUCGUCGGGGAAAGGUAGGAGCCUUCAGAAGCAGAGAUCAAAGCACAGGAGGUCAAGGUUCCGGUGCAACAGCAAGGGCUGCGGCGGUGCCAGUGUGGUCUGCAUCAAUGGCUCCUCAGGCAUUGGCAAGACAGAGCUGGCAUUGGAGUUUGCUUACCGGUACUCGCAGCGGUACAAGAUGGUGCUGUGGAUUGGAGGGGAGGCUCGGUACGUGAGGCAGAACAUACUCAAUUUGUCCAUGAGCUUGGGGUUGGAUAUCAGUGCUGAGGCAGAGAAGGAGAGGGGCAGGAUCAGGAGCUUUGAGGAGCAGGAGAUUGAUGCAUUCCAGAGGGUAAAGCGGGAGCUGUUCCGGGAUGUGCCCUACUUGCUUAUCAUUGACAACCUUGAGAACGAGAGGGACUGGUGGGAGGGCAAGGACCUCCAUGACUUCAUCCCAAGGAACACCGGGGCGACGAAUGUCAUUAUCACCACGCGGUUGCCACGUGUGAUGAACCUCGAGCCGAUGCAGCUACCACAGCUCUCGUACAUCGAUGCGAUGAUCUUGAUGAAGGGUAAGCUUAAGAAUGACUAUCCGGCCGACGAAACGGAAGUACUCAGGAAGUUGGACGAGCGGUUGGGCCGGCUGAGCUUUGGUCUGUCGGUCGUCGGUUCACUGCUUUCGGAGCUCAUGAUCGCUCCUUCCACUCUGUUUGAGGCUGUUGAGAGGAUAUCGUUGAACGAGAAUUUGUUCCCGCACGAUGCCAACGACGACGGCUUCUGCCGUAACAAUUCCUUCCUGAUAAAGGUUCUGGUCUUCUGUUUUGCCUUGAUGGACCGAGCGAAAGGAGGACACCUGACAUCGAAAAUGAUCAUCGCCGGUUCUUGGUUAGCUCCUGCACCCGUGUCGUCUACGCUGUUGGCCGCCACGGCGAGCAAGCUGCCGAUGAAAGGCAGCAUUCACCUCUGGGGUGAGUCCCUGAAGACUGCAUUUCUAUGUGGCACACAUUGCUUUCUAGCUCCUAAUGGCCGAAAAGCUGAGGUGGAGUCGGCACUCUUGCUUGUGAAGCUCGGGCUGGCAAGAAAGGCGACCCGGCAUCCUGGUUGCUGGAUCCAGUUCCACCCGAUCACGCAGCUCUUUGGCAAGAUCAGGGGAGGCUUGGCGCCAACCACCGCGGCUGUGAACGGGGUGAUGAGGGCUGGCAACCCCUCGGCGUACUCAGACCACCUGUGGGCUAGUGCAUUCCUUGUGUUUGGCUUCAAGUCGGAGCCACCUGCCGUUCAGCUCAAGGCGGUCGACAUGGUGCUCUUCAUAAGGAAGACCGCCCUGCCCCUGGCGAUCGAGUCCUUCAUGACGUUCUCGCGGUGCGGCUCGGCCCUGGAGCUGCUCAAGGUGUGCACCAACAUCCUCGAGGAGGUGGAGAAGUCCUACACGUCGCGGAUGCAGGACUGGAACCGCGGCUCGCUGUCCUGGAGGAAGAAGCUGCAGCCGAACCACCGCGUCGACGAGUUCAUCUGGCAGGAGGUGACGCUGCUCAAGGCGACGCUGCUCGAGACGAGGGCCAAGCUGCUGCUCCGCGGCGGGCUGUUCGACACUGGCGAGGAGCUGUGCCGGACCUGCAUCAGCAUCCGGACGGUGAUGCUCGGGCACGGCGACGCCCAGACGGUGGCCGCUCAGGAGACGCUGGCGAAGCUGGUCAGAUACAGGAGUAAGGUAUGAGCUGACAUCCAAAAACCCUUGCGAGCUGUUCUAGUUUGCAGCCGUUAUUAGAAGGUUUUCCAGGAAUUUUCAUUUCUCCCGGUUUCUGAGACUCUGAUGUGAUGCCAGCCACAGUUUUGUCAGUGAUCUGUGCAAUGUCCAAGCUUCAUGACGCCACGUGUAACCUGAGUUGUUAUGUACAGUACAGUUCAGUCGCUAUUUGAAAUACUUUAUUA